UAGAGGGGGAGAGCGAGAAAGAGAAAUGGCGCCUCGGUACUCUAGCUGAGACAGUCAUACGAGGGAACUGACAGAGCUAAGGAGAUUCAAGACGCUAGAAAAAUCAUGGUGAACACGAGAAAGAGCUCCCAGGAAAAACCAGGCAGUACUUUCAUCUCCUGCCGGACGAGGUCGUCUCCUAGGAACAAUCCAAAGUUGGAGGAGCAGAUCCAUAAGGACCCCAGCAGUGAUGUCAGAUCUGGUAGUCCACGCUUGUCGCCCCCAUCUAAGCGAGCACGCAGACAGACACCCCAUUGCUCCAGUGACACUUCCCCCAGUCCCCAGAGCAAAGGGCAGAGAGUCACAUGGAAUAUCACCAAACACUGCACCAGGUUGUCCACUGGAGCCUUGCAAAAUGGACACAGGCGAAUGACUCUGCGGGGAGAUGACAGUACAGAUGGGGACGACGCUCACGUAAACGGCCAUGUUGAGCUAAAGAGGAGCUGUCGCUCUAGGAAGAGCCGGUUUGAGCACCUCAACCAGAGCCUUCUGUUCGACCAACUAGUCAACAGUACGGCAGAAGCAGUGCUUCAGGAGAUGGACAACAUCAGCAGCAUACGACAGAAUCGGGAAGUGGAGCGGCUACGGAUGUGGACUGACACAGAACUGGAAAACAUGGACAUGUAUUCCCGUGUGAAGAGACGGAAAGCAAUGAGGAGGAAUACGUUUGGAAUGCAGACUCACCAUAAAGUCAUCAGCAAAUCCGAGGCACCUGAAGAGGAGGAAGGGACUGAGGAAUCACAUGAGGAGGGAGAUGAGGAUGAUGACGGGGAGGAUGAUGAAGAUGAUGAAGGAGAUGAAGCAGAGGAAGCAGGAGAGGAGAAUGACAGACCUUACAACCUCAGGCAGCGCAAAACUGUGCAGCGAUAUGAAGCACCACCCAUAGAGCCAGUGAACAGGAAACAAAGCAAGAACACAUUGUUUGAUACACACAGGUCCCCUGCAAGAAGAAGCCAUAUUAGAAUAAAGAAGCAUGCCAUCCACAGUAGUGAUACAACGUCCUCAUCGGACGAGGAGCGUUUUGAGCGGAGAAAAAGUAAAAGCAUGACACGUGCUCGAAACAGGUGUCUACCAAUGAAUUUGCGAGCGGAGGACCUGGCCAGUGGAGUGCUUCGUGAUCGGGUGAAAGUUGGUGCUAGUUUAGCGGAUGUGGACCCUAUGAAUCUGGACACCUCUGUAAAAUUUGACAGUGUUGGGGGGCUUGCAGAUCAUAUUAAGUCUCUCAAGGAGAUGGUUGUCUUUCCUCUUCUUUAUCCUGAAGUGUUUGAGAAGUUCAAGAUCCAGCCUCCAAGGGGUUGCCUGUUCUAUGGGCCUCCAGGGACAGGAAAGACUUUGGUGGCGCGGGCACUGGCUAAUGAGUGCAGUCAGGGGGACAGGAAAGUGUCCUUCUUUAUGCGCAAGGGUGCUGACUGCCUCAGCAAGUGGGUGGGGGAGUCAGAAAGGCAGCUCCGCCUUCUCUUUGACCAGGCAUACCUCAUGAGACCUUCUAUCAUCUUUUUUGAUGAAAUUGAUGGCCUUGCACCUGUUCGUUCUAGCAGACAGGAUCAGAUCCACAGCUCCAUAGUUUCCACGUUGCUGGCUUUAAUGGAUGGUUUGGACAGUCGAGGGGAGAUAGUGGUCAUUGGUGCUACAAACAGACUUGACUCUAUCGACCCUGCACUCAGGAGGCCUGGCCGCUUUGACCGGGAAUUUCUGUUCAACCUGCCAGACAAAAAGGCCCGAAAGCACAUUUUAAAAAUCCACACCAGGGAUUGGAGCCCAAGGCUGACCGAGCCCUUCGUGGAUGAGUUGGCAGAAAAAUGUGUCGGCUACUGCGGGGCCGAUAUCAAAGCACUUUGUACGGAGGCUGCGCUGGCAGCGUUGCGGCGGCGCUAUCCUCAAAUCUACCACAGCAGUCAGCGCUACAAGCUGGACGUGGGCUCCAUCGAGCUUGGGCCGCAGGACUUUGGCCGUGCCUUGCGCUCCAUUGUCCCUGCAGCUCAAAGAGCCCUGGCCCCACCGGGACGAGCGCUGUCCUGCACGUUGCAGCCUCUGCUGGAGCGAUCACUGGCCCAUGCACUCGACUGUCUGCUUCGAGUCUUCCCCCAUGCAGAGCUCCCACACAGGGAACCCACAUACGACACUGACAAUCAGCUGCUUGAGGAGGACUCUUACAGCGAGGGUGAGGAAGGGGCUGGUGCUCAGUCCAUUUACGAUGCUAAGCCAGGAUCCCCAAAGAAAACAGACUCCUCCACAGCGCACAAACCCUUCCUACAUUUUACCACCAGGUCUGCCUACCAGCAGCCCACCUCGUACCGGCCGCGGCUGCUUCUAACAGGGCCUCAGGGUUCAGGCCAGAGCACGCACCUGGCUCCUGCCCUGCUGCAUCACCUUGACAAGUUCACUGUGCACCGCCUCGACCUGCCCACCCUCUACUCAGUCAGUGCCAAGACCCCGGAGGAGUCCUGUGCUCAGGUGUUUCGGGAGGCACGGCGGAGCGUGCCCAGUGUAAUCUACAUGCCCCACAUCAGUGACUGGUGGGAAGCCAUCAGUGACACAGUGAAGAGCACCUUCCUCACGCUUCUACAGGACGUUCCCUCCUUCACACCAGUCCUCAUCCUCGCCACGGCAGAGAGCAUCUACCAGCAGCUCCCUGAGGAGGUAAAAUGCAUCUUUAGUCGCUCAUAUGGAGAGGUGGUUUGUCUAAGAACGCCAGGAGAAGAGGACCGCACAAAGUUCUUCAGUGACCUCAUACUGGUGCAGGCAGCCAGGCCGCCACCCCGUCAGAGGAAAAAAGUGUGUGAUUAUGAGGUGCUGCCUCUGGCGGACGAUCCUGGCCCUCGUCAACUCUCUCCAGAAGAACAGAGGCGACUUGAGGAGCAGGAAGAGAACACCCUGCGAGAACUCCGCCUCUUUCUCAGGGAUGUCACCAAGCGGCUGGCCACAGACAAGCGCUUCCAGAUUUUCAGCAAGCCUGUGGACAUUGAGGAGGUAUCAGAUUAUCUUGAGGUCAUCAGAGAGCCUAUGGACUUGUCCACUAUCAUGACGAAGAUUGACACUCACCAGUACACAACUGCCAAGGAUUUUUUAAUGGACGUUGACCUCAUCUGCAGUAAUGCAUUGGAGUACAAUCCAGACAAGGAUCCAGGAGAUAAGAUUAUUCGGCACAGAGCUUGCAGUCUAAAGGACACGGCCCAUGCAAUGAUUGCCUCUGAGCUGGACCCCGAGUUUGACCGCAUGUGUGAAGAGAUCAAAGAGUCCCGCAGGAAAAGAGGAAUUCAGACCCCGCUUCAGCAGGCACCUGCUCCAGCCGCUGUGGCAGGCAAGAGGCCUGCAGGGGAAGAGGCCACUGGGAGCACCUCUCAGGUCGAUGGAGUGGAGAAGCAUUGCAGCAAUAGCGUGAAGCGCAAGACCAGGCGCCGACCGAUUUGGGAGCGUGGUAUCAUUAGGAAAAAGAAGAGCAGCAAGAAGGAGGAGGCAGAAGAAGAAGAGGAACCUGAAGAAGAGGAAGGAGCUGAAGACUCUGCUGGUGCUGGCCAGGGUGAGGCUAGUCUGGUUCAGGAUGAGUCCUCCAGUGACACCAUGGAACCCCAGCCUGAUAAACAGCUUCUCCAGCCCAAUGGAUAUGCCCUGUCCACUGAAGAGGAGAGCUCCAACGAACCUACUGUAACUCAAGAUCCAGGGGUCUCAGAUAAGGUUAAGACAGCUACCUCUAAUGAAGCUCCUCCUGGAGAGGAGAAAGAGGCAUCUGUGGUCUCUGCCCCUCAGGACUGUGUGAAUGGAGACGAGUCACUGGACAGCAUAGACAGCGAGGCCCAUGAGAAGGAAUUGGAGAAAGAUGGAAAGGAGGUGAUUACUCCUUCUAAAGGUAAUGCACAAGAUGGAAUUGGUGAUGCAGUCCAAGAAUACAAGACAAAUGAGUGCAUGUCAGCAGCAGAAGGAGCAGCUAGUGAUGGAGAUCAUGACAGAGAAGGCACCUCCAAAGGGAAGAAGUGCAGAAAGCAGCAGAAGGGGGUGGUUGGAGAAAGGCCAGAAGAACCUCCGCAGCCCCCUCCUCCACCUGCUUUAGUCGUUGACCAUCAGCGGCUCAAGGCCCUACUGGAUCAGAUAGUUGUAAAGAGUGAGGGCUACAGUGUGGAUCAGUUGGAAAGGCUCUACUCUUUGCUCAGCCAGUGCAUCUAUCAGCACCGCAGGGAUUACGACAAGACCCACUUGAUUGAGGAGAUGGAGAGGCAAGUCCAGCAUUUCAAAACAUUCCUGUGAUGAAUCGAGGGCUUUCAGCAGUCAUCGUAAUCGGAGACUCCUGUGAUACAUGAGGGAGACCAACCUAUUGAACAAAGCCCUUACAGUGGAGCCAAGCAGGUUGGGUGUUUUUACGAGAACGGGGAAAGGAGGAGGUAAAGGAGACUUUUACAAAGACUUACAGUGGCAACCUUGGUGCUAUUGUCUCAGGUAUCUGGACAGAACCAGUCUACAGAACCAAACACAACUCAAGACUCAUGUAGUUUUCAGUUUUUACAAACAUAUAUGCCAAUUUCUAAUGGGCGUUUUGGUGCUAUUGGGUGCUAUUGUUUAUCCAUUUGCUGCUCCUUUCCUUAAAAAAUUGAGAAAAGAAACAGAAAAAAGACAAAAUAUUAAAAAGGAAAAAAAGAUUUUGUGUGAUGUCACUUAAA